AUGGAGAGGCUUCUGCAUUCUUUAACUCCAGGACGAGCACCAUCAGAGGCCUUUUCGCCGCCCGUGACUUUGCUUAGUGAUGCUGGGGACGAUAGCAGUCUGCACAACCGGACCAGUCGUUCCGCCGAACCACACCUUUCGCCUGGAAACGUCUAUCGUGAUCGCGCCACAUCCCAACAGCCAGGUCUGGCACAAGAUAGUGUUGAUGGGAUGGGUACCAUAACAUUUGCCGACGAAGCAUCGUCAGGCUUCUUCGGCGCUACAUCCAACACUGCGUUUCUACAAAAGGUUGUCAACGCGCAGUCGACGAGCUCAAGAUUCGCAGAUCUCGAUACCGCGGGUCUACGAGGCUUCUCUCGACCGGCAUCGCCGCCUCUCGAGGCGCCACACAUCCACAAUCAGAAACUACAAUCAGUAGAUCCAUUUCUGCUGCCACCUUAUGCGGAGAUUUCACGUCUCGUUGAUGUAUACUUUGAGAACACUGGUCGGUUCUGGCCAUACUUGUACAAGCCUCGUGUACACAAGAACGUCACAGACAUGCGGCGCGCUGGUUUUCGAAACAUCGAACGGUCACAUCUUUGCGUACUCAACCUCAUGUUCGCUUUUGCAUCGACGCAUUGUCCUUCGCAAGUCCCGGUCACGAUCAAACUACAGCAGGGGGAUAUUUACCUACAGAGGGCACUUGCCUUGCUUUCGGAUAUCAGACCUUCUGCGGAGAAUCCCGAGUCAAUCCAGGCUUUGCUUUUGGCUACAAUGUACCUGCAAGGCACCCAACGCUCAUCCCAAACAUGGGACGUCCUCGGGAGGCUGGUCAAUGCUGUCUUCAGGGUAGGGCUGUUCCGCGAAGUAGUCGGAGAGACCGCACUGGAUGCUGAGCUUCGGAAGCGGACAUGGUGGACGUGCUUCGUCAUGAAUAUAACCAUAAGCAUGACUCUCGGUCGACCUCCUCCUUUACCAACGAGCUACAUGACCACGGAGCUUCCAUCCGAGGUCGACUUAGCCAAGCUCACCAAUGAUCGAUCGGCAGAGGUAUUCGACUCUUGCAUACCCACCGCGAGCUUGUUGGUGCAGACGUCCAAAAUGUAUGUGGUACUUGGUCGGGUGAUCGAACAAGUGUACGAGGCAAACGUCGGGCCACUGGUAGACAACGUAGCCGUGCCAAAGCUCAUGGUCGAUGUCUUACAAGCAGACCAAGAGCUGUCGGCGUUUGCAGCAGCUCUGCCACCACCACUACGUCUCAUCACGUCUGCGGAGCUGGCCACCGUCACAGAUGCCGUCGAUGCCCAGGCACAUCGUUUUCGACUAAUCCUCACGGUCCGCCUGCUUAACGUCCGCCUACUUUUGCAUCGAAGAGUGCUUUCGUACGUCCUCAGCCAAUCGAGAAACGAUACGACGGGUCGGGACUCAUUCUACCCGCUCAGCGUUGCAGGCGGAAGUCUCGAUUUGUGCGUAGAUGCCGCGCUUGAAACGAUCGCGAUCAUUUCCCAGACCACGCAGCCGAACCGCCUACUCCCAAUAUGGUGGUGGUCGGCCUAUUUUUCCGCCAAAGCAUUUACUGCCGCACUGACAGCUUAUGGCGUGCUCAUUGCCACAUACAAAUGUGGCCUGAAGAUCCACCGGUGUUCAACGUCCGAGCUCAUCAAUGCUCUGCAGAUGGCAUUCGAUGUCCUCGGGAAGCUUGGAGGUGAUACUCGACAAGUCAUACGCUGUCAGAAGAUCAUCCGGCAUCUGAUACAAGUCGUGUGGACUUUGUAUCCACCGAAAAAGACCGAUGAAACUGCUGUUCCAGCCCGGCAAACCGACGUGAUUACCGUGCCUGGGGUCGAAUCUUUUGACUUCCCCUCUAGCAUCGACCCAGGCUUCAAUUUCGAAGAUCUCGACUUCAGUUCCUUUCCCGACGAUAUGAGCUCGUUAUUUCCGGACGGGUUCUGA